GAGGGUUUAGCAUCCUGGUCAUUCAUUUCAAUAUUUUGUCUGUACUAUACAAUAUCAGAGGAACUCCGGACAAUAUCUGCUACAUUAAUCAUGCUUGCACUGUUGAUUCUUAUCUACACACUUCACUUCGCAAAUGCAGAGAAUGAAGGGGGUUAUAUGGUACUUGCAACAGUUAAACCGAAUACAAUUAUCUACACGUACUUAAAAACUGAAGAUGAUAAAUUGAACAUAAGUAGUCACUCGGUUUCCCUCCCAGCAAAUAAGACAUUAGGAUUGGCGUACGACCAAGUCAACGAUCAAGUAUAUUGGUCAGAUGUAGAAAAAAAGAGUAUACUUCGAACAGACAUGAAUGGGACAAAUACCGAAGAGAUAUAUCGUGGCGAUUUUACAGCAUGUAUGGAUAUUGAUGAUAUAGCUCGUCAGAUGUAUUACUUCAGUCGUCUUGAUAAACAGAUGCGAGUUUACAGCAUUUGCAGUGGAGAACACCACACUUUGUUCACCUUUUCACUGGAUGAUGUCACUGAUCUACAAUUCCACCGCCAAACUCGUUACGUAUUUUUCACGACAAACGAUCAAGGCAUCUACCGAUUUCCUAUCGACUUAUCUUCAACCUAUGAACUGCUCGUUGGUAGUAGAGGAUCGGUUGGUCUGGGAUUUGACUCUACGGAAGAUCGGCUUUAUUGGACUAAUAGGCUAAGUAGAGAAAUUCGCUCUUGUGAUACUGCUGGCGGAGGGAACAUUGAACUUAUCAAUUUAAAUUCACUUUACACAUCAUCAAGUCGGUGGCCAACAGAUGUCAUGCUGAUUGGACAGUACAUUUACGUACGUUCGAAGUAUGACAAUCACCUUAUCCGUGCACGUCUUAAUGGAAGCUUUCCACGCAGGGAAGAAGAAUUGGGAACUUUUAAAACAAUCGACAGAAGGGAUCACCUUUAUGCUUUGAAACUGAAUCCUGAAAUCAUGAGUUCACAAGUUUGUUCCGAUGGAAUUAGGACACCUGAAAAUACAACUCGCACUACCGCCGCCUUCUUCAAAAUAUCUGAGAAAUUUGUUGAAACUUGCCACGGUGUUACUUUUGAAGGCUGUACAAGGUGCGCGAUGGAAUGCAUGAGGGCGCUACAUUGCAACUCGUUCCGCCGGGAUGCCGAAAACGGUUGCCAAUUAAAUCCAGCGCCCAGCAUGGAGCAAUAUACAAACACGAGAUAUCAAAUGUUGAUAAUGUCGUCAUAAUAGAGUAAAAACUGAAAUAAUUGUAUAAAACUUAUUGAACAGUAUGGUCAGUGGAGGAGAUUCAAUAUUUGUAGGGUGAACUUGAAUUGACCCACUAAGGCUGGGGGUCCGGGGGUCGCCUAGGACACCCAGUGAGGUCAAGGGGCGAAGGCCGCAGAGCUCAUGCAUUUUAGUGGCUUAGGCGACCAAUUUAAUAGAUUUCUGAGGAGGAAAUUUGACAAAAAUAAAGCUGUAGAAAUUACAUUUACAAUGGAUUGCCAACUCAAGAUAACUAGGCCUAUAUAAAACAUGGAUCAACCAAUUUAUACUUGCCUAUUUAUGACUAAGUGUAGGCAUAUCCAUUUAAGUGUCAACCACAGUGUGGCAGAUAAAAUAAAAUCUCACGCAAAUGUUUUUAAAGUGUAAUAUUAUGUUUCUAUGAAUAUAUAUAUACUACUAUGAGUAUUAGUAUUCAGUAUAGAGUAUAAUUUAUUGUCAUUUGUAAAUGCAUUUUACAUAGAAAUAUAAUUGCAAUGGUCCGACUACAGUGUGUUGUUUUCGUUGAUUAUGAUAAUGCUUGCUCUGUCAAUGGUGCACCAUUUGUUAUUGAAGAUUGUUCCAUACGUAUUUAGAGAGUAGUGUGCUGUAACAUAUUUAUGUUAGGCAUAUUUGUAGAACUGUUUUAUCGAUAAUAAAUCAAGCACAAUGGAUGUAAACACACUGCGAACUUUUAUCGAUGUUAUCAACAUUACUUCGUCAGGCUAUGUGAGCUAACAUUUUAUAAAUACUUAUAUAAUAAAACAUUUGUUGUAGCACAGUAAACAUAUGUAAACAAAUGUGGUAAAUAAUACAGUGCUCAAAUAAAGGAGCAAAUGGUGUUAUAGUUGUUAAGCAUACCAGUAACUCUUCAACGAAAAUGUUCCUAGUAGUAGUGCGCGCGUAGCUAAUAUAAUUAUGAAGUAGAGAUCUGGCACUUUCAACGAGUGAACAUCCCAUAGGCCUACAGUUAUGUUUACUGAUGAUUAACUUACCACCUUUCUAAUGAGUCGUUCACAAUUAUCAGCAUUUUCAAAAGUGUACAAGCAUUACUCUUUUUCGGUACCCCCUCUCUCUCCCCUCUGAAAGUGUACAAAAAUGUUGAUUUUGCAAAACCAUUCUCCACUUUUUAUUGUCAAGUCAGCUAAACCAAUGUAAUUGGUUGCUUAAAAAUGAAUAUAACAUCGAUGGUUACAUUAUAAUUUUACCAUUAUUUUACAUAUUGCAUGUUGUUUUGAGUCAACAUUUUUAUGCAUAUGUAAGAGUGAACACAUUUGUCUCUCCCUCCCCUCUAGCGUACAGUGUUUGUACAGUUUGAAAAUGUUGAUAAUGUUGAACGACACCUAAAGAAAAUAGACAACAAAUUGGCUAGCAUAGAUACAUAGCAUUAGAGCAUAUCCUAUACAGUAAUGUUGAACGACACCUAAAGAAAAUAGACAACAAAUUGCGAAUAAUACAU